UCUCAUAUAAGAAAAUCUAGUUGGCCCUAGAAAGGUUGGUUGUAUCACUUGAAUUAGUCUAUUAGGAAGACUAUAUUGCUACUGAAUUGUAGGUUCAUUUUCAGGAUAAAAAAAAAUGAAGAAAGGAAUUCACCCUCAAAUGCAGUGGAUAUCCUAUGUGACGCAAAGUGGACGGUUGAUGCAUGUUAUGAUGACCAAAAUACACCAAACAGGCAAGGUUUAUCACAUAAGAGCAAGGCGUCAGAUGGCUCAAAGUAUUGGUCAGAUUGCGAAGUUUAAGCGCCGGUAUGGUGAGAAGGAGGAAGAGGAGGAGAAAACAGAGAAAUGAAGAUUUAAGUUGGAAAAGAGUCAAUCUCUGAUGAUUUUGUGGAUGGAUUCAUCCUUAACUGGUCUUCUUGUAUGCUGUCACCCCUUUGAAUCUUUGAAUAUCUG